UUCGGCACUUCAGCAGGACCGACAUGAAGAAAGCUAUUAAGCUAACGCUAGGAACUCUUUCAAGCUUUCCAGAUAUAAUGUAACAAAUUACCAUACUAAAGACGGUGCAGUAUCUUUCUGUUACACCCUAAAACUAUUUAAACCAUAAAGCCUAAGCCAGUCUUCUCGGCAUGUGGGUAGAGGAGGGAUUGUCAUAGAGCGGUGUGAUACAGUCCACGUCUGCAACAUGGGCUUCUUGUCUCCUUCCAAGUAAACAUAAAACCCUGUAAGCUUAUGGCAGAGAAACGCCGGUCGCUGCGUGGAAGAGGAUCUCAGUCGUACCGCAGUCUGUCUCUGACGAAGAGGAAGACGGGUAGCGGCAGCGCCAGAGGGGCAGGGGACGGCGGUGCGAGGGCGGGCACCAUUGCCACCUUUUUUAGUAAUGCGCCACCCAGUAAGCUGGCAUGCCCCCUGUGUGGCGAGCUGGUCCCUCGCUUCAAGAUCAACGAGCACAUCGACACCCAGUGUAAGAAGUUCUGUCAGGGGAAUGAGGAUGAGCGCACGCUGCCGUCCAGUAGGGAACCAAAGCACCCUGUGAUGAUCCUGUCACCUCAGCGCACCUGUAGGAGUACACCUGACAAGCAGCCCGGGACGAGGUCACCUCAGCGCACCUGCAGAAGUACUCCUGACAAGGAGCCUGGGACAAGGUCACCUCAGCGCACCUGGAGUACACCUGACAAGCAGCCCGGGGCGAAGUCACCUGAGCAGAGCGGUGAGCUGAAGACCAGUCCUUACUUCAAAAAGCAGCAAUCACAGCAGCAACAGGAGGUGGAGUUGGGGAAAGUCCCUGACCAGCCGAAAGUGGUGCAGAACGUCAGCCUUGGGAGCCUGUCCUCCAGACUGUCCAGAAAGGCCCUGACGUUCUCAGAAGAACCGACCACCAAGCAGACCAGCCGUGCUGGAGGGACAGACAGAGAUGAUGGUGAACUGAACAGCUCUCAAAAAGAAAACCAAUCAGAGAUGACCAGAGAACCACAAGGCCUAUUAGUAAAGACCUCCGAAUGGUUCUCCUCUCAGAAACGAGCUGUCUGUGAACACCCCCCUCUGGUAGAGAAGGAGGAGUGUGAUCCCAAAAUUGUAAAAUCACGUUUACCGCGCACUACUCCUGAUGGAUGUAGCAAUAAGUCCUUCUCGUUGAAGAGGGGAUUGAUGGAGGCGCCAGGAGAUAGCAGGUCCGACACACACACGCUGAAGUCCAGACUCCGCAAGAGAGUCAGACAGGAGAGAGACACAAAUAACACCCAGACGGACACCCGCCCUGUUCCCAGCGCUCAGCAAACAGGACACAGCAAGCACAUUGCACAAGCAGAGACGCCCUCAGCCGGAGAGAGCCGUGAGCAGCAGUCCAGUACUGGACCGGGUCUUCAUAACGAGCAGUCUAGUACUGGACCGGGUCUUCAUAACGAGCAGUCCAGGACUGUGAGGAGAGCAGAGCUUGGUCUUAAUCAGGAGCAGAGCUAUGAGUCAACAAGGAAGAGAGAAUGUGGAACAUCACAAUCGGAGCAUCUGGAGUCCAGUGUUGACGCCACACACAUGAGAGUGGGAGCAUCAGGGUCUUUCCGGAAGCCGUAUUACCUGCGGAACUUCCUGUCUGUGCUGGAGGUGGUGAUGGAGCACGAGGACGACCGGCGGCUCUUCAACCAGGAGGACCUAGCUGCCGUCCACACCUUCCAGCAGCUCUCAGGGCCAGGUCAGAUGCUGUAUGUGCGUCUGUUCCAAAGGAAGCUAAAGUGGCUGCAGGUGGAGAAGCUGGACUACACGGAGAUCAGCGCCGACCUGCGGCCCGUGGUGGACGAGCUGGUGCAGGCACGCUUCCUGCAGGAUGAGCAUGAGCUGCAGGACCUGGCGGAAGUGCUGGAGGUGCUGCCAGCCCCAGAGCUGAGGAGUCUGGCCAAGACACUGCACCUGACCGGGGGAAACAGCGCCACCCAGAGGCCCCAGCUAGUGGAGGGGCUGCUGAAGCUGGCUAAGCAACGCGCCCUCUUCCCCUCUGCCCCGGGGCAAAUCAGCAGCACGGGGGCAGUUAUUCUCAAGAAGGCGAGACAGUUGGCGGGCCGGUGUGUGCGUCUGUGUGUGUGUCCGCGGGCCGUCUUCUCCCGGCUGCUGCUGCUCUUCUCUCUGACGGACUCGCUGGACGAUGAGACGGCAGCAGCGGGUGGGCAGGGCCAGCUCUACACCAUCCUGCUGGUCAACUCCGGACAGCUGGCCUUCCCCGAGUACAGCAUCCAGCGGCAGGCCAGGGUGUUCCGCCACAGGGACGACCUCAUCAGGUAUGAGGUAGCCAUUCGUUGCCUGCAGGAGGUGACUGUCGCCAUGCAGUCAGGCAGCUGGGAGGACGCCCUGGGGCUUUACACGGCUGCCAAGGCAACGUGGCAGGAGCUACAGCAGAGUGGGGACCUCCAACAUGAGAAGGAGCUGCCGGUAUUUCUGCGGUCUUUUACUGUAGGAUGGACCUACACCCGCAUCAUGUCUCGUGGCAUCGAGAUCCUACAGAGAUUACGGUGUUAUGAGGAGGCUGUGGCCGAGUUGAGGGCUGUACUGGCCCAAUCAGUCUACUGUCCAGACAGCAGGGGGCGCUGGUGGGACCGCCUGGCCCUCAACUUACAGCAGCACCUUAAACUCCACGAGCAGGCUAUCGGUGCGAUCCGGGACGGCCUCUCGGACCCACUGGUCCGGACUGGUCACCAGCUGGCGCUGCACCAGCGGGCCGCCCGCAUGAAGGAGUCGCCGAGCCUCAAAAAGUUCCGCCUCCUCCUGCAGGACCUGCCCAGUGUUCACAUCAGGGACGUCCCCCACGUCACCAUCCGAGGUCACAUGUUCCCGCACCAGGGGGGUAUGGGUAAAUCUGUGUUCCUGCGGCCGGCCGACCAGGAAGAGGGAGAAGAGGGCGGGGCCACAGUCAUGUGCUCUGUGGAGGACCUGGCGCUGGCUCACUACAGACAGCUGGGCUACGACCAGGGGCUGCAUGGCGAAGGCUCUACCUUCUCCACCCUGUUUGGGCUUCUCAUGUGGGACAUCAUCUUCAUGGAGGGCGUGCCUGAUGUCUUCAGAUACCCCUAUCAGACGUGUCCACUCGACCUGCACACUGACUGUUUCUACGGUAACCGGCAAGAGGCCAUUGAGGCGCGGGUGCAGCUGGUGCGGGAAGCAGCGGUGGAGACACUGCAGGAGCUUCUGGCAGACGUGUGGCAGAGCCAGCAAGGCCGAGUGUGUGCGCUCGUCAGCUGGGAACGUUUCUCCUCUCUGCAGCAGGCUCAGAGUCUGGUGGGGUGUAUGGGCGGUUCCUUCCUGGCAGAAGUGAUCCUGCGGAUGGCCAGAGACUACAGGCACUGUCGUGGAGGCCUGCCAGACCUGGUGGUGUGGAGCUCUGUGUCCGCUAGCUACAAGCUGGUGGAGGUGAAGGGCCCGAACGACCGUCUGUCCCAGAAGCAGCAGAUCUGGCUGGACGAGCUGCGCAAAUGGGGUGCGGACGUAGAGGUGUGUCAUGUGACCGCCAUCGGGGCACGUGCCACCCGCCUCAACUGAUGGGCAUGCAGAAGACAGCUCCUCCCAGAGUUGCUUCUGCAGUUUGCUGAUGCGGCUGUCAAUCAACUCCUCCAGGCUGCAGUCGGGGUGUGGCGGGGCCCGCCUCCUCUGGGAAAUCUCCAGUCUGGUCAGCCUGUCCGACAGCUGGACACAUCUCUCCACCAUGGCCUUCUCAUCGCUACUCUUCUCAUAAGACAAGAGGGGCAGGCAGGAGACAGUGUCUCUGUUACUGAACUUACCACACACAAAACUGGAAUAAGUAGCUUUCAAACUGGGGAGAGCCCUAACCUUGAAGCACCCUAACCUUGUAGCACCCUAACCUUGUAACACCCUAACUAUAUGGUCCUAAGUUAGCUUAACCCCCCUGGUGGAGCGCAAACACCUCACAAACGGGACACGUGGUCAGACAUUUUACUUGCAAAAUAAAACAUUUUCUAAGGGGUGCGUGACAUCCCAGAAGUGAAUUACCUACAGUUGCACCAACAAUAACAGAUAUCACUGUCUUCAGCCUGGCCAAUAAAAAAAACUAAAAUGUAUCUGCAUGACUGUCAACAACUGUAACAGACGUCCACAGCUUGGCGAUCUUCUCCACGGCAUCCCUGAGCACACACUCCUGCUCCCUCAGACCGCUCUGCCCUGCGGCUGUUAGUCUGGAGACACGGAGGGAAGGGCACAACCUCAGCGGCUGGCAGGACCCCACUAACGGCUAUAGAGUCCAUUAAGGAAUAUGUGUGUGUGUGUGUUUGAGGGAUGUGUGUAUGUGGGCGGGAGAUGGUUUACUUUGUGUCCAGUGUGUUGCUUGAUGGUGUGCUGGUGUGCUCUAGGGCGCGUCCUCGCACUGCUUUGCUGCAUUGCAAACGGACCUACACACACACACACACACACACACAGGACAGAUAUACAUGGACAUUCACACAAGCAUAUCAUAUAGCAGCAGUUUAAAAUCAACUUGGUACCAUCCUGUAGUAACAUGUUGGCUAUAUUGAGAUUUGUGCUGUGUUGAUGGCUGUGGGCCUGUUUUAAAGUUUAAAGAUA